GGCGGCGAUCGCUAGUUUGUAUCGGCGGAGCAGCUUCUGCACUCGAGCGCUGGCCACCAUUUUUCCGACUCCGGCUGACGGCGAGCGCGUGCACGGCGCACGUAGAGCCGAGAUUGUGGGCGCGCGUGCACGCAACCCCAGUACAUGGUUGAUAUGAAACGCCCUGUUAGUGUCUCUGCACUGCAACGUAGCGGGAACAAGGAAUUAAAGGUAACAGGGGCGCUUCUGGAAGAACUGAGGCCCUGGGCGAGACGUGGGGCCCCUGGUGGAUAAAUGAACCCUUAUAUCUAACUAUCACAUGCGUACGACAAACUUACAAAUCUCAUUAUUACACAAUAAAGCUGCCUAUUUUCCCAUUUUUAAGAAUGAGAAGGUAUAUCAGCUGUUUCAGCCUGAUGUGGGUCAUUUCAUGCCUGUCUUCUAUUGUUACUAUAUUGAUACUGGGUAUGCGCUGUUCAUAUCAGCUCUGGUCUCUACCUCACGUGAAAAGUCGACCCACAACACAUUUCUCAUUUCAAGACAAUUCCGACAAAACCAGACAUCUGUGCACAGGGUGCGUUUGUACGACAUGUUUAUUAUUUAUUUAUUUAUUAUUGUUCAUUCAAAGUAAACAGUGACAUUUCAGACAUAAAUGGAAACACGUCAGCUUUUGUUUUUGUAUGUUUAUAAACAAGUCCAAUCUGUUCCUAUUCUGUUGUUAUAACCGAAUUCAUUACAAAUUUUACCCCAAACCUUUUGUUGGGCCUCUCACGGUUCCCAUCCAUGAAUACCAAUAGAAAUCAUCUCCGGACCCCCCCCCCAGUCUCCGAGGUAACGGGACUUUAGUUGAGGCAUCCAGUGUGUUAACCGACCGGUCGGAAUGCUAUUAAUUAGACGGCGGAGUAUGAAGCAGCAGUUGACAACUUUUUUGUAUACAUCAGUUAUCUUUAAAUUUUCAGGAAUGUCGACUCUACAAAAUAAAAUACGCACGGAUGACUAUUUCCUCGCCCAUCUCUCGCAUUUUUUCUGAGUGAAUCAAAUAAAGGGAGUCCAUGCCUCGUGUGCGCAUUAAGCGACGGCCUCGUCGUGCUGAUCCAUAAACCCGCUGUCGUCCAGCUCACGUCACGCGGUCCGUGGAGCGCGUCACGCGUCUCCACGGACUCACACACUGCGAGGUGUGUUUAUCGACCGGAGAGAGUUGGAGGCGCGACUCGACGAGCGCAUGUGGACUCUCGCCUGCGCAGACAAUGAUAAGGAGCCACAGAACGGACCCCUGUCGCUUUUCUCCACAUAUAAACCAGCGAGAGCUUUAAUGCGGAGGCUGGUGAGGAUUUCCGACGCGAGCAUUGAGAGUUUGCGCAUGAGAAAUGUCCGCAAUUGCGAGUCCGACCCUUCCAACCUCGCUGUUGUCAUCGUAUCAGUUAACAGUGAUCGCUGCUUCUGUUUCUUCCCUGGUGUUCUUUGUUGUUAUUGUGCUGGUUCUGUCCAUUAUCUACCGCAAGGAUCCGGUGUGCUGCAGACCCUGCUCCUAUCAGGGCCCACGCGCUGACACGGAUGCUCCUCCUCAGUACUACAGCAGCAGGCAGACGCUGGUGGCAGCUCCGUGUCUGGAGCCUCAGACGACCCUCGCGUCCAGCGCCGUGAGCGGCGGCGCUCAGCGGGCGGAUCAGCUGUUCUUCGUGGGCCCGGCCUCCAGCUACGGCCUCGCGGCGCUGGACGCCCCCCUGCCGAGGCUGCCGUCCUACGAGAGCGUGCGCAAGAAGGACCGCCAGAGGCACAUCCACAUGAUGAUCGCCCACCGCUUCGGCCUCAAUGGGCCCAUUGUCACAGAGCCUCCACCCACAUAUGAGGAGAGCAUCCGUCAGUCCAUGGUGCUGCCGUACAACAUCCUGUCCUCAGGUCUGGAAACCGGGCCUGGAUCUGAGGUCCACACCGACGCCCACAGCAGCGUUCUGCCCGUGUGAAGCUGGGCUCCAGUCUGGAGCGAGGGAACGCAGCAGCUUUCACACACCAGGGAACCAACACGGACUCAUGCAGAUACCUCAAGGCCGACGAUGCUGAAGGAGCCGGAAACGCCUGAAUGUGGAAAAGCACGGACAUGAACGUUGCGUGAGGUGGCUGGUACAUCUUCAGACGGACACGGAAGUGAAAUAUACCAAAAAGGGACUCAUCGCUGCUUUUAUUCCUUUGUCAGUGAACAGUCUGUUCUUCCUUGUUAUUGUUUUGCUCUGUUAAACCACAAACCUCACGGUUGGUUUGAUUUUAUCAGAAACCUGAUGCUGAGGAGAUAAACGCCGCUGAGGCUGAGCCAGAGAUAAUGAAUACGGUGCUAAUGACAAUGUCUUUCUGAGUCAGAACUUACGUGAAGGAUUCACUAAAUACUUUUUAAACACUUUGCGUCAUUUUGUUUCCUUCUGGUGAUUUGUGAUUUUCUGACCAACUAUCUUUUAAUGAGUUUGUGCUUUUACUUAUUAUUACUUUAUUAAAUGCUCCAGUUCCCUUAUCGAGUUAAUGUGAAAUGAAAAACAAUGAGACAUUUCAUACUCGUGUUUUUUGUCUUGUACUAUAUUUAUUGGAGAAAACUGAGUGACGCCUCAUUUUUUGUAUUGUGAAACAGACAUAAUAAAAAGCUUUUGUUAUAACUGCAGCUGAUGAGUCAGUUCAGGCAGACAACCUUUCCCUUUGUG